AAUGAAUUAUUCAACAACUACUUUAAUUAUAUCCAUUUUUUCAAUAAUACUAUUUAUUCAAUACCUAAAUAGCCAAAAAUGUAUAAAGGAAGGGAAGGAUUGUUGUGAUAAGAGACAAUGUACCAAGGGAUGUUGUGGCAAUUUAACAUGCCAAAGUUUGCCAAAAUAUGAAAGUGGAAAUGUUUAUGUUGGUCUACGAAAUUUGUGUGGGAAAGAUAAAUGUAUUCCAGAAAACGGAACAUGCAGUCAGGAUAAAAUUAAUUGUUGUGAAGGAACUGCCUGUAUAGUUCCCUAUUUUACCUGUAUGAAAUGUUUGUAUAAUGGGGAUUAUUGUGAUGGGGAUAAUAGCGUUAAAAGUUGCUGUUCUGGAGAUUGUAAACCGAAAGGAAACACAACACGUUCGACUUGUCAAAAAUAA